GUCGUCUACUCCCAUGAGUCGAGACUCGUCACCCUCAUCAUCCUCUUCAGCUGCGGCAGUAGCUUCCUCUUCCUCAGUGACGAAUCGAGUCAUCCUACAGCCCAAUAGGGAUGUUUGGGGAGCUCGAGGGGAGGCUGCCAAUCGGGUGGUUCGGCUCGUGGCAGCUGGAGGCGCCCUCAAGAGGAAUGUUAGACGAAAACGAGAACCGUCCGUUUCUUCGGGCCCGACCAAGUCGGCAACAGUCGCCGGACGGAGUGGGGGCAAACGUCAGAAGAUGAGUACACGGAACUCGAAGGUGCAUCCAAGCCCUUUGCGGAGAGGAGGCAGGGCGUUGGAGGAGGAGACGAUGGGCGAGGCUGGUUUAGAGUCUCUGAGUGAUGGAUCGGUGGGUGCAUGUGAGUGGGCAUCGGAGAGGAGCUGGAGUCCGACCAGACCGACCAAGGCAGGGGAUGUCACGCAGAAGGCUGAUGGAGAGGCAGCGGCUCCGAUGAGCUCCAGUGAAGUGGCCAACACUGCUGGGUCGUCCUCAUCUUCUCAAGAAGAGGGUGUAGCAUCAUCAUCAUCAGCAGCAACAUCCUCGCAGCUGCCGGUUGAGGCGGUCUCUGGAGUGCACGAGUAUGUGUGGAAGCAUUUCCAAGGCAAUGGGGACGAUGAAAGGUUGGAGAUCAUAGCUGAAGUUGGACAGGUUCUUCUAGAGGAUGCUCAAAAAUAUGCGGAUAAGAAGUCGAUGUUAGAGGAGUUGGCUGACUUGGAGCCUAUCAUAGGGGGCCAUGAGGCUGUUGAUGAGUUUGUAGACUAUCUUCUGUCUAUACGGCCGGGUGAAGUGGAGCCGGAGAAGGUGGAGGAGAAGAAUGUUACAGCAGAUGCUUGGGUCAUCUGUUCUAAGAACGUCUCGUUGGUCGCCAGGGAGGCGGCUGAUCUUAAACGAUUCGGCGAGGAUCGCUUCGAAUAUGCUCAACUCGUCGCCCAAGCAUGGUUUGAAGAGGUGGAGAAGUUGCAGCGGCUGGGCACCCUUGAAACGAUACGGGAGGUAUUAUCCCAUCACACGCUCAUAGGGGAGCUGUGUGGGCGUAGUGAAGUACAGCAUUUAGUGAAGUAUGAAACUCAAGGCUUGAAGUGGUAUGCGUUGGUGGCAAACGUCUGUGGAGCUGAGUCGGCUUGUGUGGAUCCUAGAGAUGCUCUGACGAUACUGGGUAGGUGUGGCCUUACUACAAUCGGGGAGGUUGGGCCUGUUAAGGAGGUGCGGGAGUUGGCGACCAACGAUUGGGGAAGUUUGAGGAAGGAGAUUGCCUCUGUGAAUGCAUAUGAGAUGGAUGACGUUGAUUCAGUCGAGAAGCUUAUCAACUGUCCACGGGAAGGAGUAGUGGCGUAUUUCGAGAGGAGGAGUAGUGGAGGAGUAGUGGUGGUGGCCUUGGGGAAAGCUAAGACGGCUCAGUACAAGCUCUUGAGGAGACUUAGAGAGGUUAUGAAGGAGUCUACGAAGAGGCGGAGGGAUGGUAGGGCGUUUAUGCAGAUGUGUGAGACGAUGCUGCACGGGAACAGUAGGAAGAAGGAAUUGUUGGUAUUGUUUUCGGACCUUUGUCGAAGGGUCCAGUUUGUGGUGAAUCGGAAUGUUGACGGUUUCGGCGCAUACGAAGUGGUUGAUAAGAGAUUUCCUGAGUUACUCUCGUUGGCUGCACGGACUGAGGUGGAAGAGGAGGAGAGAGCGGAGGCGGCGGCAGGGAGGGUAGUGGUCAUUCACGUGCCUCCUGGGGUGGUUCCGAAGGGGCUGAUCACGGAUGAUGUGCAUGUGGAUGGUGAUGGGCUGAUGAAGUGGGCGAGGUGUGGUAGGCAUGUAGUACAACUCCCUAAUUUGCUGAGGUUGCGGACGGUGAAGCCGAGCUUGCGAAAGUGUGUUAAGAUCGUGCGAUAUGGGUGGGGUGGGCCGGAGGGGAAUCUUUUGGAGCGCACGUUGAAGAAUUGGGAAAGGGGGCAUCUUUACGACACCGACAAGACUUUCUUUGCUCUGCCGCGGGAUAAGCAGUGUGCCCUUCUUGGGAAGUGGUUAGAGACUCUCGAUAAGGUGGCUAUACCUGGAGUGCAGCAGGUCCGGGUUGACACUGAGGAGGAGCUAGUUGCUGUGGUGGAGGAAGGAAGGCUUGAGGGGGCGGGAGAGGCUCAGAGGGUGUUGGUGGUUGCCCCUGUGGGGCUACCUGGUAGUGGUAAGACGCGCCUGUUGGAGGAGGUCUUUGCCAGGCUCCCGGUGGUCCAUGGAAAAUAUCGGCAGAAUAUGGUUGAGGAGCACUGUGAGACUACGGCUGAGUCGGGGAUUUGUGAUGCUCUUUAUUUGAGCAGUGAUGAGUUUGCCGAGGGGGGCAGAGCUGAUAGGAGGCGACAGAGAGCGGGGAUGAGACGGGCGGCUGAGACGUUUAUGAGGGAGAGGGUUGGGGUGGCGGAGCGAGGCUCGACCCAUGUGGUGAUUAUUGAUAAGAAUCAUGUAUACGGUAGCGACAUGAGGGGAAGUGCUCAGCCGUUUAUGAAGCCUGAUACGCAUGUAGAAGUGGUGGGGCUCUUUUUAACUGCCACUGAGGAGGAGGAGAGUGUGUGGGAGUACCCGUGGGGGCCGAGGAUGAUGACGAUGUGCUUGAGGAGGGUGUUGGGGCGAAAGGUGCACCCGACGUUGGGGAGUGGGGUCACUGAUGAGGGAAAGAAGGCGGCUGUGUUCUUCCAGUUCUGGAAGCUAUUCGAGCGCUAUCCGGGACUACAGCCUAAUAAGUGGGUGAGGACGGUGUUGAAACUGCCGGUAGUUGAAGUUGGGAAGUGGCGGAAAGAUGGUAGGGAACUCGCUGAGGAAAUAGUGGCUGCGUUGCCCGGUCGGAAGGGCCGUAGCGGGCUGACUUAUGAGGUUAGCGAGGAGGAGCUGGAGAAGGUACAUAGGCUCGUCGAGAUGGUUGAUUGCGAUGAGGAGUCUUUCGUGGAGUCGGAUAAGUGUGUAAAAGUGGUCGUGAAGAAAUUGGAAGAGUUGGCGGCUCAGUGUCACUGGCCUUUGUACGUUGGGGUUGACGUUUCUGGUGACAAUAGGGAGAUUUUAGUGAAGCAUGUGAUGGGUUUACUCGGGAUGGGCAAGUGGAAAAUGAAGGAUGAAUUUCACGUGACUUUGUCGUUUUUCGGCUGUCGUGAACCGGAGGGUGAGAAGAUGAAGGAGAUCGUCCAGGGCAUUGCCACGGGGGAGCAUAUAAUGGUUACGGUUACACCAAGGAGGCUAUUGGUGGUUCCAGAGAGGCUUGUGUGCGUAGAGGUUGAAGUUAGCGGCCCACCCGCGUUCCUCGACGACUUACAGCCACAAGAAUAUCUACACAUCACCAUGGCCUUGGAUGCUGGGUGCCCGGCAAGGCUGGCUAGGGAGUAUGUCAGAGGCUUUCACGAGCAAUGGGAUGUUAUCGAAGGGACACCAUUGAGCAACAUACAAACGCACCCUCUUGCAGUGGGGGAGGGGGUGGAGACGACGGCACAGCUCCUUGCGUGGGCUGAAGCUAUGCCUAUGUGUGAAGUUAGCACCAAGCGAGUUCAUGGUCGACCGCUCAAGUUGGUGUACAUCACUCCUGCAUGGAAGAAAGCCAAUAACGGGUCCCGCAACGACUCCCUCUGUCGAGCUCUGAUUGGCUCGGGCGUCAUUCUGCUUGUGCCUGAGACUGCUUACGGUAUGGUGGGCAACAACAACAAAAGGCGUAAAGUUGACAAGGUAGGUAGUGAUAGUCAAGUAACACCGGAGGACUCUGCGGACAUCUCGAUAUUGAUGAAUCUCCCACCGACCAAUGCCGAUGUCUGCUGGAGCCAACGCUUGGAGUCGUGGGUGCUCCACAGUCGGAACCUGUCGCUAGUCGUUAAGGAUGCUGAGGAUCUCUUUAAAUACUCAGGUCGAAAGCGCAAUAUAGCGGCGGCAUGGCUUGAACAACUAACUGGGAAGAACCUCACCUUGUUAAGACAGCUGUUAGGAGGGUGCACACUAUUUGGCUCUUGUUACCACCCCAACCGCGGAAUGGAGCCUCUAUCGCAGUGCCAGCCUGAGUCGGGCUCGUUCACCUGGUACGGCCUUACUGUUAAUACUGUCGCUCCUGCAAGCCCGUGUGUCGAUCCGAAGAGAGCAUUGCGGCUUAUGCGAUUUUGUGGUUUACUCGAGGGAAACGGCAUUGAGGAUCUUAGCGCGAGGGAGAUUACCGAUAGUGGGACCUUCGUGAAGGCUCUACGAGAAAUCUACUUCUCUGGCGUUCCGAACUCUGUGACCGACAGUGAUAAGCUCAUCCAAUGCGAGUACGCCAAGACGGCCCUGUUCCUCUGUGCUGCUGGUGCGGCAGAGGAGGAGGAGGAGCAAGUGAUUAUGGCUGACUUUUCGGAAACUGCUAAGUUCCGAAUCCUCAACACUAUGCGACUGACGUUGGCUCGGUGUGCUAUGCGGGGCCUUGGGGUCGAUAGUGAAUUAAGAGAGUUCGAAAGGCGAUGCCGAAUUAUGCUUGGUGAUCCUGUGGGCAGCAGCUAUGCUCUCGAGGCCUAUGUGGGUUUACUCAAGAAGAUAGAAAAAGUGGCGAAGCGUGAAGACAAGUGGCGCGAGAGGGAUGUGAAGGAGCAGUUCGUGGAGCUUGCUCGGUUAGCAGUAGAGGUUCCUGAUGAAGGUGGAAACCUGGUUGUUCUUAUUCAUGCUCCUCCUGGUGUUAUACCAUCUGGGCUGUUAACGAGGACGACUGAGGUUACCUCUGUGGAAGCGAUAAUGGAGAUGGUUGAGAGUGGCGGCAGGCAUGUGGCCCGUAUGAGGGACAUCACUGUGAUGGGAUCUGGUGGAGAGAAGUUGAAGGAGAGCGUCAGGGUGGUCAGUGUUGGUUGGGAGGGUACGGUUGAUGAUGUUAUCACAAGGUCAUUCGAGAAGGCUGGUCGAAUGGAUCUUUGUGAGGCUGAUAUUGAGUUCUUCGAGAUGGACCCGGAGGCCCAGGUGGAGGAGAUAGGGCACUGCUAUGAGGCGGCUCGAGGUGUGGGGGAUUGGGUUUUGACUGCCUCGUCAGUUGAAGAAUUGCCGGGAAUAAUGGAGGGCCUGGGCAACGAACCGGAGUGCCGAAUUGUUCUCAUCGACGCUCCGCCAGGGUCUGUACCGCACAAGCUGAUCACAGAUGAUGUUGCUGUGAAUGCCGAGACCCUCGGGACUAUUCGGAAGACUGGGGGCAAGCAUGUCUUAUACGCGCCCGGAUGGACGGGCGGAGUUGCAGUUGAUGGGGUAUUCAGAAUAGGCUGGGACCAGUCACUUGUUGAGGUCCUCGAGCAAGCAAGGCAACAGACCACGAGGGUCAAGGCUCGAGAGCUUCUGUUACAGGAAGAGUUGAGGUUCGCCUCGGGGACUCUAGAGGAGCAACGCAGUCUCAUUGAGGGGUGGUGGGAUGGACAGAAGGAGUCCGUCACUGAUGCCUGGGUGGUCGAGACGGUCCCAAACCAACUUCAGCUUAUACGGGGAAUAACUAGUGUCUUGCGUGGGGAAAGGCCUACAACCAGACUGGAUAAGUCGGCUGUUGGUGCAGGGGAGGACGGUAGUGUAAGUGAUGCUGAUGAUGAGGCGCUGUUAUCAGCAGACAACUCUGUUGGUCCUACCCUGGUGGUCGAGGAGGCGCCCAUUGUUGGGGCAGAGAUAGUGGAUGAUAGCACUUCUCCAGAUACCAUCAUGAAUGCCGUUCAAGAGGGUUCAAUAGGAGGUUCGGUUCUCGAGUGUGGACCCGGUUGUUGCACUGAAAUCCCAGCGUCGCCGAUAUCUACUGUGCCGAGUACGCCAGAGGUCGAGGAGUCGUUGGAAGUGGUGACAUCGAGAGGGCCAAAAGUGGCAGUCACCCCUAUAGAGGCGUCAAUGAGCAGUUCUGCAGUGGAAGCUAGGGAGACGGAGAAGCGCGGUGGAACAGUUGUGAUUAUUCAUGCGCCUCCUGGGGUGGUGCCGAGGGAGCUACUCACGGAUGAUGGAGUGUCUGGCGAAAGACAAAUUCAGCAGCUCUUGGAAGACGGUGAUGACCGUGUUGUGCAUGCGUGCACGGUGAGCUUCCUGUUUCGGUUCAAGUUCCAACGUGAUCGAGUGGCUGUGGUGAACUACGGCUGGGAGGGCGCCAUUCAAGAGGUGAUCGGACGCACGUUGGCUCAUGCGGGGGAUGAGAACAAGUCUAAACAGGACGAAGUCUUCUUCCGGUUCCCUAUGAGCAAACAAGGCGGUCUCUUUGCCAAAUGGUAUCAGCAGGCAUCCAAGAAGAUUCCUCGAGGGGUGAAGACGGCCAGUCCGGGGUCGGAAAAGGCACUACGAGAAGCAGUGCAGAGGAUGCUGGGGGAAAAGCCACGAUCGUCGAGGACGAUCUUCCUGGUUGUCCCGAUGGGUCUGCCAGGGUCGGGCUCUAGUGAACUCCUUGAAGACAUGUUUGAUAAGAUAGAGGUUAAAAAAGGAAAGUUUAUACAGGGGAAGAACCGAACGGAGAGUGAGCAGAACUCAGAGGCGGUGGUGAGCAAUGCAGCUCUCAUCAAGGCGAGGGACUUCGCGAGAAGGGGGGCUUUUGAUAGUACAGCCUUGGGCGCUGCCUUGAGGAGGGCCAGUGGUGACUUUGUCCAACACAAAGUGAGGAGGUCCAAACAGGAGUCCAAGCACGUUGUCUUCCUCGAUAUGAAUCACACUGAUAUUCACAGUAUUAAGACCUCGGCCAGGAACUUCAUGGUCAACGGCGUGGAUGUGAGAGUCGUAACGUUGUUCAUGGCGGAGAUUGCGGGAACGACAGAAGUGGCGAGCUGGAAGUACCCGUGGAGCCCUCAAGCGAUGCUGACUUGUUUGAAGAGGGAGCUGAGCUCCCAUGGGAACUCGGAGGGCUUUGAUUCACGAAUGACAGAACAAUUCUUUGAGCUUUGCCGUGAACUCGCGAAGUACAAGUGCCCGCAGACCAGCAGGCUGAUCAGCGAGGUCAGACGAGUGCCAAUUAUCGAGCCUGGCACGGUGGUGGAUAUUGAGAGUGCUAGUCGAGGAUUGGAGCAGCUCGGGAACGUCAAGGGUUGGCUACUGUGA